CGGGUAUUCCGACCGUCACCGUUCAGCUUCUGUUCUUAUUGGUACGGCUCGUUGAGUUGCUCACCAUAUCCAUUUUCUUUUCACACGAGUAUUGCAAAUAUAAAUGUCGGCGAAUUGUUGUGAAUCAUUUAAUUGAACACUUAGUGGCGCAAUAGAGGAACGUGAACCAUGUCUUUCAUACCAGGUUCAUUGGGUUUUGACGAGUUCGGAACGCCGUUCAUCAUCAUUAAAGAUCAGCACAAACAGCGAAGACUCACAGGCAUCGAUGCGCUGAAGUCACAUAUUUUGGCCGCACGCGCGGUUGCCAAAACGUUGUAUACGUCAUUGGGUCCAAAAGGUUUAGACAAAAUGAUGGUGUCAUCUGAUGGAGAAGUUACUGUUACCAAUGAUGGCGCUACCAUUUUAAACAUGAUGGAUGUCGAUCACGAAAUAGCCAAACUCAUGGUUCAGUUAUCCCAAUCUCAAGAUAAUGAAAUUGGUGAUGGUACUACUGGUGUUGUAGUCAUUGCUGGAGCUUUACUUGAACAAGCUGAACAUUUGCUUGAUCAGGGUAUACAUCCGAUCAGAAUUGCUGAUGGUUUUGAAUUAGCUGCUCAAAGUGCUUGCAAGCAUUUAGAUUCUAUUGCUGAUUCAUUCCCAGUUGAUAUCAAUAACUUGGAACCACUUAUUAAAACAGCAAUGACAACUUUAGGAUCAAAAAUUGUAAAUAAGUGUCAUCGUCAAAUGGCUGAAAUAGCUGUGAACGCUGUUAUAGCUGUUGCAGAUUUUGAUAAACGUGAUGUCAAUUUUGAGUUGAUCAAAGUUCAAGGAAAAGAAGGUGGUAGAUUAGAAGAUACUAUGUUAGUUAAAGGAGUGGUUGUUGAUAAAGACUUUUCACAUCCUCAAAUGCCAAAAGAACUGAAGGAUGUCCACCUUGCCAUCCUCACCUGUCCGUUUGAACCUCCUAAGCCAAAGACUAAGCAUAAGUUAGAUGUAGCUUCAGUUGAAGAUUAUAGAGCAUUGCGAAAAUAUGAACAAGAUACAUUUAAUGAUAUGGUUAAAAAGGUUAAAGAUGCUGGUGCUACUUUAGCAAUAUGCCAAUGGGGAUUUGAUGAUGAAGCCAAUCAUUUAUUACUGAAACAUGAAUUACCUGCUGUACGUUGGGUUGGUGGACCAGAGAUUGAAUUAAUUGCAAUUGCUACUGGAGGUAGAAUCAUUCCUCGUUUUGAAGAAGUUUCUAAAGAAAAAUUAGGUUAUGCCGGUAAAGUUAGUGAACUUUCUUUUGGUACAACAAAAGACAAAAUGUUGUUAAUUGAAGAAUGUAAGAAUUCUCGUGCUGUAACUAUUUUUAUACGCGGUGGAAAUAAAAUGAUUAUUGAAGAAGCCAAACGUAGUAUUCAUGAUGCUUUAUGUGUUGUUCGUAACUUGGUGCAAGACAACCGUAUUGUGUAUGGUGGUGGUGCAGCUGAAAUUUCUUGUGGUAUUGCUGUUUCCUCUGAAGCCGAUAAGAUUUCUUCCAUUGAGCAGUAUGCAUACCGUGCAUUUGCUGAUGCCUUAGAAAGUGUUCCAUUAGCUUUGGCUGAAAACAGUGGGUUGUCACCUAUUGAUACUUUAACUCAAGUUCGAGCUAGGCAGAUCAAAGAAAAGAAUCCAGCUCUUGGCAUUGACUGUAUGCUUGUUGGAACUAAUGACAUGAAAGAACAAAAUGUUAUUGAGACUCUUCACAGUAAGAAACAGCAAAUUAUUUUGGCCGCUCAAUUGGUAAAAAUGAUUUUGAAAAUUGAUGAUGUCAGAGUUCCAGGAGAAAAUUUUGAUUAGAUUUUAUAUUUAUAAAACUAUCUAUUGAUCGUGCUUACUUGUUUUCCUAAAAUCAGUCCUUUUUUUUAUGUUCAAAAUUUACAUUAAUUGUGUAAG